GUGAAGAAAUAAUACAAUUUAGCUUAACAGUAAUUCCUCUCUCUUCCAUCUUUUCUUGUUCGGCCGUAACUCUUGUGCCAACCCAAAGUUGGUAGCUUAGGGUUACAAACUCCUUCCUAAAUCAACCUUUAUCAAUUGGUGCUCUCGUUGUCGUUCUCAUGACGACGCCUACGACGGAUUCCCCAACUACACCGCCCUUGACCAUGGAGGAUCUUAUGAAGGCCAUCAACAACUUAAGCACGGAGCUACAAGCCACAAAGUUGCAGGUGUCGACCUUGACGGCAUCGGGUUCGCACGCGGAACCUCGUUGGAAUAAACCACCAACAACGGGCUGGCAUCCUCCUGUGCGUGCUCCUGGCAACGAUGUUGUUCCCCGAAUACGGGUUGAGGCUCCACAUUUCAACGGCGACGACCCGGCGGGAUGGAUUUUCCGGAUUCACAAUUACUUUGACUAUUUUCAAACCCCAGAAGGUGAACGUUUGCAGUUGGUUGCGAUGUUGAUUGAUUAUCCGGCAUCCGAUUGGUUUCGUUAUUACCAAACCAAUACUUGUGGCACGAGUUGGGAGGCAUUCCUCAUAGCCGUGCGUCAACGCUUCGACCCAGAUUAUUAUGAAAACUAUAUUGGCUCCUUAUCCAAACUGCAGCAGUCUACAACGCGUGAGGUGAAUCUGCGGAACCCUCGCACCCUCCAGGAAGCUUUUGGGUUAGCACGGGAAUUAUCAGCCUGCCAUAACGAGUCCAGCUCGUUUCGACGUCCUUGGUCUGGCCGGCAGCCCGUUCAUUCCACUCCCAGCACAGCGUCUGCCACCCCCACCGCCACCACUGUUCCAGGGGUCUCGUCUACUGGCAAACCUUCAACCCCUUCCUUUGCCCAACAGUUGCCGAUUGUGAAGGUUACUACGGCCCAAAAAAAUGAACGUAGCAAAAAAGGGCUGUGUUGGUAUUGCGAUGACAAGUGGGUUCCCGGUCACCAUUGCAAGGGUCGUUUUUUGGCCUAUAUGGGACCCGAUGAUGAUGACGAUUCCGGUUCUCCUCUUGAGGACGAUUCCCAGGCCGUCGAUGAUGGUGUGAUCGUGGGUGACGUCUCUACCCUCAAUUCCUUAGCCGGUAGCCCGAGCUCUCGUGCUCUCAAGUUGGUGGGAACUAGGGGUGAGCAUGGUACGAAGACGGGGUUUGGGUGGAAUGAGGCUGCCGAGAAUAGCUUCCAGCAAUUGAAGCACGCCAUGGUUACCGCUCCAAUUCUCCGGCUGCCGAACUUUGGCCUGACUUUUUAUCUCGAGACGGACGCAUCAGAUGUUGGCAUUGGGGCCGUGUUAUUACAGCAGGGACACCCUUUGGCAUUUUUCAGCAAAAAGCUUGGUCCGAGGCGGCGUGCGGCCUCCACAUAUCACAAGGAACUCUACGCCAUUGCUGAAUCCGUGCACAAGUGGCGCCAAUACCUCCUUGGCCGUGAGUUCGUAAUUCGUAGUGAACAAAAGAGCCUGAAAGAUCUCCUCUGUCAGGUCAUUCAAACCCCGGAUCAGCAAUUCUACAUCCGGAAGUUGAUGGGGUUCAAAUUCCGCAUUGAAUAUAAACCCGGUGCUUCUAACAAAGUUGCAGAUGCUCUCUCACGCCGUGACAUUAUUGACACCCCGGACUCGGACGAUACGGCUGCUGUUUUCUUGGCUUUUGCACAGCCGAUCCCCACAUUGUUGCAAGACAUUCGCCGAGAUAAUGCCUUACUCCAAGACUGUCAGUCCCUCCACUCGGCCGUACAGCAGGGAACAGCCCCACCCCAUAUUUCUCUUCAUGAUGGCAUGUUGUAUUACAAACAUCGGAUCUAUAUCAGCCCCUCCUCUUCUCUGCGCACGGCCAUUCUCCAUGAAUUUCAUAGCACGCCGAUCGCAGGUCACCAAGGAGUCGACCGCACCUUCAAACGGGUCGCCAAUGUGUUUUACUGGCGGGGUAUGCAACGCAACGUACGACAAUUUGUGGCGGCAUGCGUCCCAUGUCAGGCAACCAAAUACUCGACGCAACGACCCGCUGGCUUAUUACAACCACUACCCAUCCCCACUCAUGUAUGGGACUCCGUCUCCAUGGAUUUCAUCACGGGCUUGCCGCCAUCUCGUGGGUUCACGAUGAUUAUGGUGGUCAUGGAUCGGCUCUCUAAAUACACCCACUUUGGAUUGUUACAGACCGGCUUUGACGCUCCUCGCGUUGCAAACCUCUUCCUUGACACCGUCGUGAAACACCAUGGAUUUCCCUCGACGGUUAUUUUGGAUCGAGACUCGGUCUUUAUGAGUUCUUUUUGGCGUGAAUUGAUGAAGUUGAGUGGCACAACCUUGAAAUUUAGCACGACCUACCAUCCCCAAACGGACGGCCAAACUGAGGUCAUGAAUCGCGGUCUAGAGCAAUAUCUUCGGGCUUUCACUUUCGAGCGGCCGCAUAAAUGGGAUACUUUUCUUCCGUGGGCAGAAUUAGCACUAAAUUGCAGUCACCAUGACGGGCUUAACAUGUCACCAUACCAGGCUUUAUAUGGGAGAACUCCUCCGCAUCUUUUUCCAACCCUCACUGUCCGUGCCAAAGUGGCUUCCGUCGAGGACAUGUUGCGCGAACGGGCGGCGGUUCUAGAGGACCUACGGCGCAACCUUGCCAAGAUGCAACAACGCAUGCGUGAGCGGGCGAAUCUUCACCGCAGGGAUGUUAGUUUCACAGUCGGGGACUACGUCCUUCUCAAAUUACAGCAACACUGGCAGCACUCUUUAGCCAGACCACGCUCUUCUAAGCUCGCGCGGCGCUAUUACGGACCAUUCGAGGUGCUUGAACGAAUUGGGUCUGUGGCAUACAGACUACGGCUUCCGGCGGGGUGCAAAAUUCACGACGUUUUUCACGUCUCCUUACUAUGGCCCUUCGUGUCUGGAGGUCAGCCACUACCCGAGCCGGUUCUCCUAGAAGAUAUCAUCCGCGGUCAGGUCGUGGCCACUCCCGUGUCUGCCGGCCCUCGUCGCACAGUGUUAGUUAAUGGACAGCCGCAGGAGCAGUGCCUAGUCAGGUGGUCAGAUGAUGGGGGCGCCAACGCAUCCUGGGAACCAGUGGACAGCCUUCGUCUCAAUUUUCCGUCACUCGACCUUGAGGACAAGGCCGUUCUCAACCCUGGGGGAGAUGAUACGGGACCAAUGCACGUAGAGGCCCAUGCAGGCCGUAAAUUCGUUGGGAAGAAACAUUUAAGCCUCAAUAAAGAUACUUCCCAGGUUCGAUUAGCAAUCGUGAAAAUGUGCCGCUGGACAACCAUUUCAAAUUGUAAGGACACCAAGGUCAAUAAUGGUGUAUGUGGACUCCUACACCAUUUUCCCGAAGCUGAUCCAAGAUGAAGCAACCAAACAGUCUGGAUGUUUAGAAUUGUUGGCUUUUGUAUUGUCCCUUUAUCAUUGUUCUUUUGUUUGUUUUUGGAUUUUUGUUUUCACUGUAUUUUGGACAUCCGGCUUUUAUGUAGGGG